UGGGUACAAUACUCUGGAUAUGGGGCAACAAAAGAUUUGACGCCAAGUUAUUGGAAAUAAUAGGAGUGCAUUUUGCGAGCAGGUGGUACUUUGCGUUAAGUUGAUUGCAGACAACCCGCAUUUGUGCUGCAGUCGAGCACAUAGUUGUUCUAAACAGGGCUAACAUUUUAAUUAGUAUUUUAGAUUAUGUUUGGUUAUUAUGCACUUCCUCGUCUUUUUGAGUGGCGAUUCUUCUUAUGACAAAUGGGUCCACCUAAUUAAUUGUUUCAUACUUAUAGGCAAUUCGAAAAAGAAGAGAACGUUUUUUUUAGAAUUUAUUUUGAGUGUAAGUUGUAAGUGUCAUUAUCAAAUGAGUAAUGAGUCAUUUCCAGUUCCAGUCUUCCCAGUUAAAUCGUUGUUAGUUCUAUUUUAAAAUGGCUAUAAGUAUUGAUGCUUACCAUCGCCUCUGUCUUUUAUUGAGAACUAGGGUUAUAGACAGUGCAAGCUUGGUAAAUCAUUUCGAAACAGAUAUAAAUUCCAUUAGAAGAUUGGACAGUAUAAACACUGUGGGAGAUUUGAUCGAUGUGCUCGAAAGUAGAGAUGUGCUAGGACCUAAUAAUAUUGAUAAUUUGAUAUAUAUUGUAACUGCUGUAAAUAGAGAAAAUCCCGAUAGUGAAAUUCAAAGGGCAGUACAGGAGCUCCACCACCAUGACAGAAUGGAAGGAGUUAUUCCUCGUGUGGAGAGGCAUCCAAUUGAGAGGGUACACCAAUUGAUAAUUAAUGAAAUUGGGUUCAAGUGGAAACAGCUUGCCCGAGAAUUGGACAUUCCAGAAGGAAUAAUUGAUAGUUUAGAGAGCAUGCAUCGGGGCAAUUUUGUAGAAAUGGUGAGAGAAGUUUUAAACUUUCACCGAGAUAAUGCCCCAGAUUAUUCUUGGCGAACAAAACUUCAGAGAGCAUUAACAGAGGCAAGACGUAAUGAUUUGAGUUUGCGAGUCGGUGACAUUCUUUCAGCUAGUAGAAUACAUUGAUCUAAACCAGAUGGUGAGGUUAUGGUGAUGUGACAUUUUGUAUCAGUGGCGGGUAUGCCUUGUGAUAAAUUCAUAAACAGUGUUUUUUUUCAUUGCAUAUUUUCGUGCAAGUUAAAAACUUUGUUUUGGAAUUAGUCCCCCUUAUUGAAUUUCUGUUUUUAUUUUAUAAAUAAAAUUAUUGUAAAUUCAACUAAUAAGUUUGACUGAAAUGGAAAAUUUAUUGUUGUUAUUGUCCAAGAUAGAGGGAGGUUACACUCUGCAAAGCUAAUAGUUUAAGCACAAAGCCUGUUUUAAGAGAUUUGUUUUUGUGUUACAUAAAGUGCUCUUUUUAUUUUGUUAAGUUUUUUGUAAAUAAAUAUAUUGCUGGUUUG